AUGGAUAAAGCACAUCCAUUGAGUACCCUGAUAAUUGUGAGAUCACUUGAUAUAAAUAAAGAUUCAUUCCGACCUCAUGAAAAUGAUAAAGAGCUUUUUGGUGCUGAAAUACCAUAUCUUAGUGCAAUUGGGCCAUCAAUGUAUCUUGCCAAUAAUUCUCGACCAGAUAUAGCUUUCUCAGUAAGCUUAUACCUCAUGGGGAGCACUGAUAUGGGUUUAUUCUAUUCAAAUAAAUCCAAGUCAGCAUUAAUUGGUUAUGCAGAUGCAGGAUAUUUGUCUGAUUCACAUAAAGCUCGAUCUCAGACAGACUACUUAUUUACAUGUGGAGAGAAAGCUAAGGUGAAGAUAGCAAGCAAAAGGUCCCCAAUAGAUGAGAAGUGGUGUUGCUUGCUGAAUGUGACAGAAGGGAGUGAACAUUGUCUUCCUUCACAUGGAUGCCUGUGGCCUUCAACUGAGUCCUGUCUGAUAGAGAAGGAACUGUCAUGA